AUGGUGUGGAGCGCAAUUGCAUAUGAUGCAAAAUCACCUCUAGUGUUCAUUAACGGUGCUUUGACCGGCCAACGUUACGUUCAAGAGAUCCUGCAGCCAGUUGCUUUGCCAUUCCUGAGCACCCGUGUUCGGCCGCUAUUCCAACAAGACAACGCUCGACCCCAUAUUGCUGCCGUCUCUAGAGCUUGUCUUCAAGGCCUAGACAGCAUGGAGCGGCCAGCAUAUUCACGAGACCUGUCCCCAAUCGAGAAUGUGUGGGAUGCCAUGGGACGAGAUGUCAACACUCCACCCGUACCUCGAAAUCUGCCGGAACUCCGUAACAAAGUUAAAGCAGCAUGGGAUAGACUACCACAGGACUUCAUUAAGAACCUUUUACGAUUCGUUACCAAGACGAUUAGCAUGUUGUAUUCGGAAUAA